AUGAUUAUAUUUUUUCGUGCGGUGGUUCCUAUGUGACCUACGGAUUAAAAGCAAGAGGACCUGCUGAAUCUACCGGAAUAUCAAUAUCUAAAUCGAAACUGGAGCAAAGAGGCAACAGAGUGAAGCCAAAGGAAAAUUUUUUGGAGUGUCUAUAUCAAUUGAAGGAUUACUGCAGUUAAGCAUUUGUAAGUGUGGAUUGUCAUUUGUAUCUCCUUUCAAGUGACAAGACAAUCUGAGGGUUUGCAUCAUUCUCAAAGUGAUUUUCAUCUGACAUCAACUUUCUGGAAGCUUUAUUAAAAAAUAUGGAUAUUACAAACAUACUGGAAAAUAAUAACUAGAAGAGAACAAUUCUGGGGAACCAAUAUGAUGGACAUGACAAGAGAUUGUUUAAAAGUCUGAUGAGACAUUUAUUUUGCAAAGGAUUCAAAAAUUAUUUCUAGCUUGAAUGGUAAAUCCAACAAGACUGAAUUAACGCAAAUGCAAAAAUAAAGGAAAUAUUCUUCUUGGUGUUUUUUUGGACGUCUACAUGUAAUCUUAAAUCCCUGCAAUUCAAGUGCCUUACAUGAGAAAAUGGAGAGUUCUUUUUUUAACAACUUUACCAACCUUUUCAACCGUACAGAGAAAACUGAAGACACACCAGUCCUUUCAUCUUUUCGUCCCCUCUCUGAGAAAGACACUAAAGCUCAAACUUUCAGCAUCCAGUUGACAAAGCAACCUGUUGACAAAGAUGUCGAUACAGUACUGGAAGUUUCAAGUAAAAUGAAUAGUAAGACAACAUCUGAAACAGAAAUCUUAAUAGAGCCAGAGGUUGUAGCAAGAACAAUUCAGUCUGAAAAUGAAGACAACCACCACAGCAAACUGGAACAAAGAUCAUCUCUGGAGAAAAUAACAUUUAACAUUGUUGAACCUCACAAUAAUACUGCCCAGUGCGACGGAAAAGGACAAGAAUGGGAAAACGAGGUUAAAUAUUUGCAGACCAACACUCAGGAACCAUCAGGUAUGAACAGUUAUGAGGAACUCUACAGAGACAGAACAUUUCAGACAACGUCUACAGAUAUCAGCAAUCCAAUGUCUAUUGUAGCAGUCUCAGAUCAGGCAAAUGAGGACAUGUCUACUUUUAAGAGUCAUCUGGUUAUACCUAAUGGAGAUUUUGAUACAAAUACAAACUGCAUACACUCAGACACAGGCAAUAAUACGAUUCAUUCAAACAGGGAAUUCUGGAGCUCCUUAGUUCCAGACCAAUGUAAUGAAUGUCAUGUGGAAUCAAAAUCUUGCUCAGAAACCGAAGACACAUUGCUCAAAGUCAAGUCUGAUCAAGUGUUACUAAAAUUAGAACCAACAACUCCCGGCAGUUUCCAUGAAACACAGGAAGAAACAAAUGAUGACAAAGAAAUGAGUAAACUAGAAAUGAAGAAGAAUGAUAGACAAGAUAAAGAAACAGUGAUGAAAGAUGAGCGUGAUAACCUGGUACAAAUAGAGGGUGAAAAAGAAGAAAAUGUUAUGGCAGAAAAGAAAAAGGAUAUAUUACAAGAAUAUACCAAUUCAGAGUUCUUAGGUAUUCCCUCUGCUCCUGGGAACUUAGAAAAGCCACCAAACACUGAAAAUGCUUCUAGGCCCACCAAAAGAGUUACCUUUUCCCCAGAUAUAAAGUUGGAGAAACCUCCUCCACUACCCUCUUUCUUUAGUGGAUUGAAAGUGUUAAAAAAAGAAGUGAAUGGACAACCUAACAGUCCUGUUCUGAUGAAACGGGCCUCUGUUAAACGCGCACUUUUCGCUGAGAAACAUUCCAGAAAUGAGGUUAAAGGAAGCAUCCUUGAGCAGCUCUCUCAACUCCUGAGCUUUGAUGCUAGCAAAGUAGGAGCAAAAAAAACACAGGAAUCCACAACAAGUCCUCCCGUGUCACCAAUCAGUGAGGCCCCAGAAGCAGAAAUGCCUCCAAUAGAGGAAAGUGUUGAGGCUCCUGAUGCUGCUUCAUCAGAGGAACCAGGCAAAUUAACAAAUUCAGAGACCGCCCUUAAUGCUUUCAAGGCUUUCUUUACCCCUAAACCAGCUAAGAGGGACACCUCAGACCAUAUCGACCUGGAUGCUGUAAAGAGGGCAUUCAACCCAGAGACAAUCCGGGCUAUCUUCGACAGAAAUUCUAGCAAGUCUCCAGACAACAAGAACAUCUUUAACAUCAAAUCCCCAGAGACCGAGGAGAGGACCCCAGGGCGUCUGCAGGCUGUCUGGCCCCCUCCAAAGCCCAAAGACAAGGAGGAGAAAAUUGGGUUAAAAUACACAGAGGCUGAGCAUCAGGCAGCACUUCUACAACUUAAAAGAGAGUGCAAAGAAGAGAUUGAGGCAUUAGAGGCAGACUUUAAGCUCCAGCUCUUCCAUCUCAGAGAGGAGAAUGAAGAAUCUGUGUCCAGACUGCAAGCUAUAAUUGCUGAUCUAAAAAAGGCUGCCAAGUGCUCACAUGCUGAACUCAGAGAUGUGGCUGUGUCAACAGAAGACAAAUUCACACCUCGAGUUUUUCGCAAUGUGUGCAUUCAGACAGACCGAGAGACUUUUAUUAGGCCUGUGGAAGAGCCAGCAAUAAACAAAGACCUUUGCGUUCAACCAAGUGUACCUAAAAAACUUGAUCUUGAAUCAAUUAGCCGAAACUUUUCAGGCAAAAAAGAGUCUGAUCUGUCUCCCUUACUGCCAUUGGAACCACCCCACCACCGCCGCCGCCGCCACCACCACCGCCACCACCACCAUCACCACCACCUUCACAACUGUCUGUUCAGUCAGGAAUUGAUGGUGAAAACUUUACCAUUAUUGACUAGUCCUUCUGAAUGUCAUUCCAAAACUGCUCAGACAGAAUAUUUCCCACCACCCACACAAGGCAACAGUCCACCCCCUCCACCACCACCUCCACCUACUAUCAUAGAUGGUCUUUCUCCUCCACCACCCUUACCAGGCCAGGUGCUCUCUCCUCUCUCUGGAAGUGGAUUGUUUCUCUUUAGAACUGAGGACAGAUCACAGCGAAAGCCAAGAGUGGAACCCAUCUGUCCAAUGAGGCCACUCUACUGGACACGAAUACAGAUUCAAGACAACAGAAAUGAUACACUAUGGAGCUCGUUGAUGGAGCCGGCCAUAAUGAAUAGUAAUGAGUUUGCUGAGUUGUUUGCUAAAAUGGCUUCACCAGCCAAAAGGAAACCCCUAUCUGAGGCCUACAACAAGUCAGCCAAAGCCAAGAAGAUCAUUAAAGUGUUGGACAGCAAACGUUCUCAAGCUGUGGGCAUCUUAAUCUCUAGUCUUCACCUGGAGAUGAAGGACAUACAGCAGGCAAUUUUGAUGAUGGACAACUCUGUGGUUGAUUUGGAUGCUAUUGAAGCCCUGUAUGAAAAUAGAGCUCAGCCUGAAGAGUUGGCGAAAAUAAGAAAACAUUACGAAACCUCAGAUGAAGAGCAUGUCAGACUGCUGGAUAAGCCUGAACAGUUCUUGUAUGAGCUCUCUCUGAUUCCCCAAUUUUCACUAAGAGCACACUGCAUCAUUCUCCAGUCAUCAUUCACUGAUGCCGUUGCAUCGAUCCAGCGCAAAACAAACAUGGUUCUCCAAGUGUGCAAGGGUCUCCUGGAGAAAGACAGUGUGAGAGAUGUGCUGGGGCUUGUCCUUGCUUUUGGGAACUACAUGAACGGAGGAAGCAGAAACCGAGGCCAGGCAGAUGGCUUUGGCCUAGAGAUUCUCCCCAAACUUAAAGAUGUCAAAAGCAAGGAUAACCGCAUAAGUUUGUUGGAUUAUGUAGUGUCUUACUACCUACGCAACCUUGACAAGAAUGCUGGGACUGAAAACUGUGUGUUUCCAUUGCCUGAGCCUCAGGAUGUCUUCCUUGCAUCCCAAGUAAAGUUUGAAGAACUUUCCAAAGAGCUCCGAAAGCUGGGCAAAGACCUUGAAGAUUGUGAGAAGGAUGUCCAAAGAGUGUGGAGAACAUCAUCUCAAGAAUAUAUUCAUCCCUUUAAGGAGAAAAUGGAAGCUUUCAUCUCCAGUGCCCAAAAAGAACAAAUAGCAAGUGAGCAUCAUCUCCGAUCUGCCCAAAAGAGCUACCAUGACCUGCUACAGCACUUUGGGUUGAAGCUCCGUUCUGGCGAGCAGGAUGUCUUACCAGGCCAUGUUUUCAUGCUAUGGUUUGAAUUUUGCAAUGACUUCAAGACCAGAUGGAAGAGGGAGAACAAGGUCAUAUCCAGUGAGAGACUGAAAGAAGCCCAGCAGUCAGUGCGCAACAUCACAGCGGAAAAAAAAGUGGAGACAAGGCAGGUCAAUGCCAAUGGCCUGAAAGAAAGAGUGCGUCUAAAAGAAGCAAGCUUAUCUACCAUCUGAGACACAACAAACUCUCCAUAAUAGCAUACGGUAUACUGUAAUAUAUGAUUUAUAAACUCAAGCAUUUCUUAAUUUGUAUCUUUAUGUAAUGUUGGCUUGUUUCUGCAUAAGAAUCGAACCUUGAAGAAAUGCAGCAUGUAUGUGUGCUCUUCUCAGAUUUAUGUGAUUGAACGCAGGGAUUAACAUACAAUUUUAUUCAGUUUUCUUCAAAUUAAUUUUAUUUUUGUAGCACGUUUAAUAAUAGACAUUGUCACAAUAGAACUUUCGAGAGAAUUUGAUUUAACUUCCUGAUGAGCAUGCAGAAGGUAACUGUGGUAAAGAAAAACUCCCUGAGAAGAUAAGGUGGAAACCUUGAGAAGAACCAGACUCAAAAGGGAACCCGUCCUCUCCUGCGUGACUCCAGAUAGUGAAAUUAUAAAUCAUCAAUCCUGUAUACUAUUAAGGUAAACAGUGCUAAGUGUGAUGAAAAGAAAGAGGGUAGGUGAGCUUUUGGAUAAAGCAGAAGGUCUGUAACCAAAAACAGCAACCAAGCCAAGUGGGUUUCUUUUUAUUAAACAUGACUAGAUUGUCCGAUAUAUCCAGCUAUUGUAUUCUGAAAGUAAAACAUCAGUUUAUCAACCU